AUGGUACAGCAACUGCUAACACGACUGGCAGGACUCACGAAUGACGAAUCGAUAGAUCCAGCUGUCCAAUCCGAGAAGUUGGCAGAACUGUUCACGCCGCUACUUCUCAACCCCAACACUGCCGCACUACAGGUCUCGAUACAGAACUGGACUGAUGAACAGGUCUCGAAAUCUGUCGAGCAGGCCCACCUGUUUGAUGGAGGAUGGGGUGGUUUCGAGCAGUUUGUGGAGAGCUACAUCCGAUUGGUUCGUGACUUCGAUUCGCUCAGCGAGUCCAACUCUUUUGAUCUGGUAGUCAGCACCUUUACAGACUUGCAAGUGGCAUUCUCCUCAGCCCGUGGAGUUUGCUUAACCCACACCGUCGCGCUAUGGGCACGAAAGGUGGUUGGAGGAGCUUUCCAGUACGAUAAUGAGCACAACCUAGCUCAAACUACAGCCACGACGGAAUAUCCAACAUCUGAAUACAUUGCUACACCAUUAUUGCGACUUUUCAACACAACGCGAACGGAGCGGAGUGAUAUGGAGUUCACUAGGAAGAGCAUAAUUUUGCAUUUAGCAUGCUUGCUCUGUCGAGUAUAUUUCCACAUUCGACAGCCUACUUUGUGUGCCAACGUGUUUUCCAACAUGUCUACGGCAGGCAUCCGACUCAGUGCAUACCCCAAAUCGCAACAAGUUGAAUACCGAUUCUACCUCGGCAAAUUUUACUGGCUCAAGUCGCAGUUAAAAAAUGCGUACUUACACUUGUACUGGUCCUGGGACAAAUGCUACACACAGUCAACCAAUAAGAGACUCAUUCUCAAGCACCUCGUUGCUGUUUCUUUGCUUCUGGGUAUAAUUCCUACAAGAGAACUGCUACAGCAAUUCAACCUCGACAACAUUUAUGGGGAAAUGGUGGUGGCACUAAAGCAUGGAAAUCACACCAGGUUUUACGCUGCUCUUGAAAACGCACGCGACUGGUUCAUUGAUAGAGAUCUCUAUGUUCUUCUGAAGUCACGAGCCUUCACGUUGCUUGAUCGAGGGUCUCUCAAGGUCAUAUAUGAGUGGUCAGUCGCACAAGGAAAUCCUGCCAUCGACUACGGGACCGUUGCAAGAGGUCUUGAUUUUGCUACACAAAACGGUGGUUACGCACAGCAAGUCCUGGCUCCUCAAAUGAUGGGAGGAGGUAGUGCCAAAUUGACCUCGACGCAGGUAGAAGCGAUUCUUGUGGCUCUCAUUGACCAAGGGUUUAUCAAGGGAAAACUUCAAGCUACGGGCCAACGACUCAUCCAUGCGAAAGCGAACGUAUUCCCGCCAGUGUGUGUUGUUUUGGGAUCACGCCAGAGCUCAUUGAAGCUGAAGGAUGAUGAACACUGGAUGGAGUCAUAG